AUGGUCAAUCUUGCUGCUAUCCGCGUAGGUCCUAUGCGAUACAAUUCGCCAUGGGCCCAGGUGGUUAUCCUCGGUUUUGUUACCUUUUGUUCGGUGGGCAUGUUCAGCGCCAUCAGCAACCUUGGAGCCGGCGGUACCCAAGAUACUCAGUUAAGCGAUACGGCCAAUGGUAUUUUGUACGGCACCUUUGCCAUCAUGGGCUUUUUCGCUGGGAGUGUCAACAACAUCCUAGGUCCUCGUCUGACCCUCUCCAUAGGCACAACUGGAUAUGCGCUCUACAUCGGGUCGCUCUGGUGCUUUCAGGUGAACGGGACGAGGUGGUUCCUUAUUCUCGCUGGUGGCAUUUUGGGAAUCACUGCCGCUCUCCUCUGGGCUGCUCAUGGAUCCAUAAUGAUGGCGUACCCGCUAGAGAAGGAUAAGGGUCGGUCCUUCUCCGUGUUCUGGACGUUGUUCCAGAUGGGUACUCUUAUCGGAUCCGCCAUUACCCUGGGGAUCCAGUCGCACUCGACGAUGCCGGGCGUGUCCACGGCGGUUUACGUUGUGUUUAUGAUCAUCAUGCUCACGGCUAUUGUGACGAGUUGGCUGUUGCUUCCUCCCCAUUUGGUCAUUCGUGGCGACGGCACCGUCGUGGAAAUCGACGACGCCAUUACGCCGCGCCAGGAGUUCAAGGAGUUCGGCAAACUGUUCAAGGACUGGCGCAUGAUUGCGCUCUUUCCCAUGUUCUUCAGCUCCAACUACUUCUAUGCUUACCAGGGCGCCAUCACUGCCGACCUUUUUAACGGUCGAACCCGUGCCUUGGUCUCUUUGCUGACGGGACUUGGCUCCAUCCUGGGCUCCAUCAUGAUUGGUCUCAUCACGGACCGUCUGCCCUUCGGCCGCCGUAAGCGUGCCCUCGGAGGCUGUGCUUUUGUGCUCUUUCUCAACUGUCUCAUCUGGGCGGCCGGCCUAGGUUUCCAAGUCAAAUUCACCCGUGCCAGCACCGAAGUCCUGGGUAAACCCAUUCCCUGGGACUGGACCGUCGGCGUCUCCGCAGGCCCGAUUAUACUGCUUAUGGCCUACUACAUCGCCGACGCCGCCUACCAGGGCCUUGCUUACUACACCAUGUCAUCCAUAACCAACGACCCUUUCCGUCUCGCCCGCAUGGCCGGCUACUACAAAGGUGUCCAAUCGGCUGGUGCUGCCAUCUCCUUCGGCAUGGAUGCCGUCAAGACGGCAUUCCUCGGCGAGAUUUUGGUUUCCUGGUUGUUGCUGCUUGUCUCCCUGCCCCUCUGUGCUUGGGUCCUCUGGGGCAUCCGCGAUACGAACUAUGACAUCGAGGGCGUUACCCAUGUCGGCGCCGUGCCCGAGAACAAGCUUGGUGGCGUUGCGCUGCCGCCUGGCUCCCAUGCAGCUUCUGCCGUUGAUGGCACGCCUGAGGUGAGGUUGGGGAGCAGCAAGAAUGCGGGGCCCGAGAUCACGACUGUUUAG